CAGAUCAAACCAGUCAACUAAGACAUGAAGCAAGGAAACGAAUCCUCCAUUACUGAUUUCAUUCUCCUGGGCCUCUUCUCAGACUCCAGGCAUCCUGGCCUUCUCGUCACCAUAAUUCUCGUUAUUGUUGGGGUAGCCAUCACUGGAAACUCAGUCUUGACCCUACUGAUCUGGGGUGAUGCCCAUCUUCACACCCCUAUGUAUUUCCUACUCAGCCAGCUCUCUCUCAUGGACCUCACCCUAAUCUCCACCACUGUCCCCAAGAUGGUCACUGAUUUCUUUUCUGGACAGAGUUUCAUCUCUCGCAUUGGUUGUGGAGCACAGAUAUUUUUUUAUGUGAUGCUAGGAGUGGCUGAGUGUGUUCUCCUGACACUCAUGGCCUUUGACCGCUAUCUGGCCAUCUGCAGCCCCCUCAGAUACCCAGUCAUCAUGACCCCCAGAGUCUGUUUGCAAAUGGCCAUUGGUUCAUGGACUGGGAGUAUGCUCAUCUCCCUUAUGCACACAGUUUAUGCCAUGAAUUUCUCUACUUGUGACUCCAGAAAAAUUCACCAUUUCUUCUGUGAAAUUAUGGCCCUUCUGAAGCUCUCUUGUGAGGAUACCUCAACCUACGAGAAGGUGGUAUUAAUAACUGGCAUUGUUUUCCUCCUUAUACCUUUUGGACUCGUCUUGGCCUCCUACAUCCUCAUCUUUCUCACUGUCCUCCAUAUGAACUCCACUGAGGGCAGACACAAAGCUCUGGCCACCUGCUCUUCCCACCUCAGUGUAGUGAGCCUCUACUUCGGUCCAGCUAUGAUCAUCUACAUGACCCCAGGUUCCUCUCUCCCCACAGAUGUGGACCAGCGUCUCUUUGUGUUUGAUGUUAUCAUCACCCCCAUGCUCAACCCCCUUAUCUACAGCCUGAGGAACAAGGAGGUACUGGGGGCUCUGAGGAGCAUUCUAUGGAGAAAGUUGAUAUUUAUGAAAAGAUGA